AUGGGCAUAUUGAAUACUAAAAAAUAUCGUCAAUCAUGGCGAGAAUUAAUGAUGCGUGCAAGAAUGCCUAUUAUCAAAGAAGAUAUUGAGACUGCCUGGCAUACAUUCGAUCGAGUCAUUGAUAGUAAAGAUCAUAGUAUUCAAAUUUUAAUCAAUUCUUUUGACGAAGCUAAAGAACAAUAUGAAAGAUCUAAAAAUGGUCACAGUGAAAUGAUUGAUCGUUUAUUUAACAUAUAUGAAAUGAAAACUAGAGCUAUUUCAAUGACUUACCAAUCGAAAAUUAAUGAAAUUCUAAACGAUGUUAAUAUCGAUAUUAUUGGAUUCCAACAAAAAGGAAAUGAAGAUUUAUCUCAAUUGCAAUUUAUUAUUUCUAUUAUGCAAGAACAAUUGGAUAAUUCCCUUAAUAACACAAAGAGCAAAACAAUGAGCAAGAUCGAUUCUUUCGUUGAGGACAAAACUAAUAUGCGAAGAUUGGCAUUAGUUACGGAAGAGAAUAAAAUGAAUGAUCUUUCAGCGGAUUUACGAAAAACCAUUGCUACGUAUUACAAAAAUACAAAAAAUAGGCAAAAGUUAUAUGAUGUUGUAAAAGAGAAGGAUGAAAAAAAUCAACAAAUUAUAACUAAACAAUAUGUACGUAUUGCUGUUCUAUCUGAAACAAUAUCAAAAUUUCGCGAAAAAAUGGCAGCUCAUAAGACUAACGUUAACAAGUACUUUAAAGAUAUUAUAGACGAACAAAAUUUCUUUCAUACUUCAUAUUGGAUUAUGAAAAAUCGCUUCAUUUCUGAACAAAAGCAAGAUAGAAUUCAAUUAACAAUAACGGCUAUUGAAUAUAAAUUGACCAAAAAUUAUUUAGAACAACUCGUUAAGAAAAUAGAAAAUUUAUUGAGACUUCUUUUAAUUUGUAACAAGUAUGAAACUCUAAAUGAAAAUAUAUAUUCUUACACUAAUUAUAAAGAAUCAAGUUCUAGACAAAUUUUUACUACGUUCGAGUUGAAAGAAAGUGCGGAGUACAAGUGGCGAUAG